AGUGACCCAAAGCAGCUUUAUUUUGGCCUGUCUGUUUGGGCUCAUAGUCUUUAACACUCAAGCCACUGCACCAGACCUGCACAACUUGACAGUAGGUUCGAGCCAAAAUUAAAGUAGAUUGAACUUCUGUGGGCUGCAAAUUGAUUUUAAUUAAAUAUUUAUUAAUAAUUAAUAUUGUUAAUAUUAAUUCCAUCCUCCCCCUCCUCUGCCCAGCCCUCUCCUCAGAAGAAAGCCAAGAGGCAGAAAAGCCUUGAGAGGUGAGCGUUUGGCCCUCUUCUUCCUCCGCUGCCUGGCCUUCUUAGGAGAAAGAGAAACAGUGGAGGAGCCUUGCAAGGCAAGUGUUUGCCCAUCCUCCAACACAUGGCCCUCUCUCUCCUCAGUAGGAGGCCACAUGGCAGAGGAGCCUUGAAGUCGUUCUACAUCCUUGUGGGCUACUCAAAAUUGCAUGUGCCCUCCAGGCUUUAUGUUGUGCAGGCCUGCACUGCACCAUUGUAGCUCUCUGGAGGGGAAUCACCUCAAGCAUGGUCAUCCAGUGGUAGUCCUGGGUUCUAAUCAUGUUGCUGAGAGAGAGAGAAGAAAAAGUAGGAUGGGCUUACAGCACAUGCUGUAUAAGCAAGCAGUGGCAUGGCUCCUUGGAGGACUGCUGUGGUGACUGGGCCUGAUGCAUCAGAUUGCCCUUACUUUGUUGCCCAGAGAGAGAAAGAGAGCAUGCAAAGUUGAUGCUGCCUCUGCCUCCUUCCUUUCCCUGCUCUCUUUCUUUCUUUGGGCAUGGAGGGCUGGGUCCAGUUCCAGCUGCACUCUUGUCCAGAGAAGGGACACAGGUGAGCGAGUGCAUCUGGUGGCUCCUUGUAAUCACCACUGUUCCCUCGCUCCCUUGUAAACUCGCUCUGUGGCAGAGCUGUAAUGACUGUCCCUCCUGCUCCCAGCCUCAGCUGUUGCACUCUCCAUGGGAAAUACACAUGCAAGCAUGCCUUUGCAGCAGCAUCUUUAUCUUGCUGGCUCACUGCUAGUCUUGUUCUUCCUGUCAGCUUAGCUGACCAGGUCCUCAUGUGCUCCCCAGAGUGAUGGUGGCUGUGAAGGUGACCUGGUCAUUUGUGCUCUGGGCAACAUAGAAAUCUUUGCUUUCGCAGGCAAGUGAGCAGAAGCAGCUGCUACUUAUAACUUUCCCUCACUUGCCUGGCAAAUAAGUGAGUAGAAGCUACCAUUGGAGUCUUCAUGAAGGAAGAAAUAGGAUAUUGGAAGUAACCCCAUAAGACAGGGGUGCUAACUCACCUUAAGUGGCCUCCAGGUGACCUGCUGGUAGGAACUGCUUCUCACAGGUUUAUGUGGGUGGGAAGGCAGCAAGUAAGGUCCAAAACACCUUAAAUGGGAGCAGGUAAGGUCCAAAACACACUGUACAAAUAACCCAGUUUGUGAGUGCUUUAGUGCCCUGACUCAGUCCUAGGGAAUCCUGAGAACUGUAGUUUCUCAUUCUCUCUCACAGAGAAGGCUAAAUGUCUCACAAAAACUACAGCUCCUAGAAUUCCCUAGCAUUGAGCCAGGGCAGUUAAACCAGACUCAAAGUGGAUUAUUUCUGCUGUGUGUUUUGGUAAGGGAAAAGAUUACUUUGGAGCUGGAAACUAGCUGAUCAUAAGGUCUGUCCCUGCCCCGAAGCUAGUAAAAUUUAGCUCUUCUCCAGAGUUUAACAGGGCUGACGUAUAGCUAAGCAUGAAUAAGGUUUACAGCCAUACUCAGAAGUAAUCCAUUCCACUGUGUUCAGUAGGAACCUACGCCCUCUUAAGUGUGCAUGAAGGACCAUACUACAAAGGCACAAUACAGCUGAAGUCUACGAAUGCUCAUGCUACCAACCUCUUUCUUUCAGCAAACCUCGAAGGUGCUACAACAUCCCUUUGCAUACUGGUUUUCCAGACUAAUAUGGCUUACGGCUUUGAAUUCAAGGAACAGAAUAUGAAUUCAGCUGAAUUAUGUGAUGAAGAGAAUGGAGAAGGAUCAGUUACCAAAAAUACAAUGAAAGUAGAAACAGAGAAAAUAGAUGAAGUGCUAGAUUGUUCUGUAAUCUCAAAACCUGAGAAAAAUUCACUGGAGAGUUUAGUGAAUUGCCUGCAAGACACCAACAAACGAAAACGGACCUUGUUUGGUUGUGAUGGCUCAAGAAACCACCAAGAAAUUCUACCAAGUGUGAAAAAAAGAAACCUUACACAAGAGGGCCUUAUUUCAAAUCUGAAGCACAAAGAUGGCUCACCUACUCAAGAAGAUGUGGAACAACCAAACAAGAAUCCCAGUGCAACAUGGAUUUAUGAAGAAGAAGGCUUGAAUAACCCAGUCAUGCCAUCCUAUAAGAAACCUCUAUAUGGGAUCUCCCACAAAAUUACAGAGAAGAAAACUCUGUCUGGAACAGAGCUGUUCACUUCCUAUGAGUUGUUUGAAAAAGUUAAUCCUAGCAGUCCCUCCAGUCUUCGGAAUUUGAAUGAUCAACGCAAAAGAGAUACCAGUACUAUUUCAGCUUCUGAGUCCGAUCCAAAUAUAUAUUCUUUGAUACAAAAGAUGUUUUACACACUGAAUACCUUAAAUUCCAACAUGACUCAGCUUCACAGCAAAGUAGACUUAUUAUCAUUAGAGGUCAGUAGAAUUAAAAAGCAUGUCAGCCCAGCAGAUACUGUAGCAGAAUUUAGGCCCCCUCCUGAGUACCAACUGACCGCUUCAGAACUUAAACAGAUCAUGGAUCAGAGCACAUCAGGUGGAGACUUGGCUUGCCGGUUACUUGUACAACUUUUUCCAGAGCUCUUCAGUGACGAUGAGCUAAGCAGGACCUGUAGUACUUGUGGCUAUCUUAACAAAAAGAAACUUGAAUCUCUUCAUCUGCAACUCAUUCGAAAUUAUGUGGAAGUCUGUUAUCCUUCUGUUAGGAAUCCUGCUGUUUGGCAGGCAGAAUGUUUGCCUCAGGUCAAUGACUUUUUCAAUAGUUUUUGGGCUCAGAGGGACAUGGAAAGUAGUCAGCCAGAUAUACAGUCCUCUAGUUUUUAUGAGGCUGAUCGGGUCAUUGAUGAUAAGGAGGAUGAAGAAGCUCUGCCCAUGGACAGGAGUAAUUCUAUUGUUUCUGAAUGGGUAUUUGAUGCUCAUGAUAUAAAUGAAUUUUUAGAUGAAGCUUCCUCUCCAGGAGAAUUUUGUGUCUUUUUGCUACACAGAUUGUUUCCAGAACUCUUUGAUCAUAGAAAGUUGGCUGAGCGAUACAGUUGUUAUGGAGAAUGUGGAAAGCAAGAGCUUGACCCCCAGCGACUUCAGGUAAUCCGCAGGUACACUGAGAUUUAUUUUCCUGCUAUGCAGGAGAGAAAGGCCUGGUUGCAGCAUUGUGUUCAACGAAUAAAUGAUGAACUUGAAAGCAUGUAUAUGGAUGACAGUGAGAGUGAACAGAUGAGAGAUGAUUGCUAUGAUUCUUCUAGUUUGCCUGAUGAUGUGUCUAUUAUAAAAGUGGAAGAUAAUUUUGAAUAUGAAAGGCCAGGCAGAAGGUCAAAAAAGAUUUGGCUUGUACCUAUAGACUUUGAUAAGAUAAAUAUCCCUCCCCCCAAUUUUGAUGUCCCUAUACCAGACUACCUAUUAAGCAAAGAACAGCUUAAAAACAUUUAUGAAAGUAGCUUGUCUAUAGGCAAUUUUGCCUCUCGAUUGCUGGUUCACUUAUUCCCUGAAUUGUUUACUCAUGAAAACCUAAGGAAGCAAUAUAAUUGCAGUGGUUCUCUAGGCAAGAAACAGCUUGAUCCAAUUAGGAUUAAGUUAAUUCGACACUAUGUGCAAAUGCUAUAUCCAAGAGCCAAGAACGAUAGAGUAUGGACAUUAGAAUUUGUUGGGAAGCUUGAUGAAAGAUGUCGCCGUAGAGAUACUGAGCAGAGGCGCACAUACCAACUGCAGAGAAAAGUUCAUGUGCCCGGACCUGAAAGGAGAGAAUUUCUGACCUAUGCAAUAAACUCAGAAAGAUUUAAAGAAGAAUUUGAUGGACCACCAUUGCCUCCAGAAAGAAGCAACAAAGAUUUUUGCAAGAUACCACUUGAAGAACUUGUUGUUCCUCCACCAGACUUUCCUGUGCCUUCUCUGUAUCUGCUGUCUGAUAAAGAAGUAAGAGAGAUAGUACAGCAGAGCCUUUCAGUUGGUAACUUUGCUGCCAGACUUCUUGUAAGACUUUUCCCAGAACUCUUUACUUCAGAUAACCUCAGACUGCAGUACAACCAUUCAGGGGCUUGUAACAAAAAGCAACUCGAUCCUGUCAGACUGAGACUAAUCCGUCAUUAUGUUGAAGCUGUUUAUCCUGUUGAGAAAAUGGACGAAGUGUGGCAUUAUGAAUGUAUCCCCAGCAUUGAUGAAAGAUGCAGGCGUCCCAAUAGAAAAAAGUGUGACAUACUGAAAAAAGCUAAGAAAGCAAAAAAGUGAUGGGAUCUUUUAUGUUUCCAAAGAUGUUAUUGACCACUUCAAUUAUAUGAAGUAGGCUGAAAAGUCAAUCUGUUUUGGACUCAGUACUAAGGUAACUGACCAGUCCCAUUGCUCCUGUAUAUGUAUUUAUUACAUAUACAGGAGAAGGCAAUAUGGUCAGUAGGGGAGGUAAGGUCUGAUCCAGUAAGAAUGUCUUUUUGAAAACAACUGAAAUGAAUGCAAAUUGUAAAAUAUAUUCUAUAUUGACAUUGGUUUCAUUAUGCCUACAUGCUGGCUAGAUUUUUGAUAAAUAGUGCCCUUACUACUUGGCUGUAUUGGUACAGAACACAGAACUAUCCAUUGUUAGAGAUGCCCAACAAUAUAAUCUUCAUUGAUGAAAAUAGAUUACAUAGUUUUUAAAUUCUUAAUUGAUUUUUAACAAUAGGUUUUCUUGUCCUCUUUAUGGCAGUUUUCAGUAGGUACUUUUAAUCAGUCAUUGGAAAUUAAUAGUUUUAAAUUUUUAAACCUGUAGUUUUUCCAAUGCCACACUGUUUGAAAAACAGUUGAAAAUCAAAAAGGGGAUUAUCCUAAUUGCAUUUACAGUUGUCCCUCCAUAUUCACUAGGGUUAGGGGAACAAGACCUCCGUGAAUAUGGAAAAACCACAAAUAACAAAAACACUGUUUUUACCUGAGAGGACACCUCUCUAGG